ACUCCCAGGUCAUCGAGCAGCAUUUGGGCAGAGCCAGAGCGCCCUUUAUCCUUUCCUGGUGUCAGACAGACAGACUGACAGCCAAGCCUUCAAGCCCUGGAAGCAAGAACUUCUGCCAUUCGUGGAAGGCUGAGACUUCUAAGAGUUGCUGUUUGACUUGGUGCUCAAGGCAGCCGGAAAAAGCAGGCACCAACCAAGACGUGAAAUUAUCUACGAGCAUCUCAUCUGGAUCUCCAUUACUCAGAUAUUCAAAACGGUUGAAGGCUGGUCAGCAAUUCCAAAUUUUAUCCUAGCCUGGGCAUCGUGAGUGGGUCAGUGCAGGCCCCUGUUGAUGGACCAGCGGAUUCUGAGAUUCCCUCUGGCCAGAUUCUGCGUGGCUUGGCUCUCCCUGCAGGCCAUAUGCCGCUUUGCCCAGGGUGAACCGCGUGACUUGCUGGUUGGCGGAGCUGCUGGGCCUCCGUUGGAAGACGCCACCCAAGAGCACGGUUACUACCUGCAGCAAUUGUUUGGGCAAUAUGGUGAGAACGGCACUUUGUCCUUCGAGGGCCUGACCCGCCUCCUGCUAAGCCUGGGGCUGGGAAAAGUGCAGGUGGUGGAGAUUGAACACGAGGAACUGGGACACGGUCAUGUCUCCCAUCUGGAUAUCCUUGAGGUCCAGGAGAACAAGCACCUGCACUCCCACUCAGCACUGGAUCACAUCGGCAAGACAGAACAUGGGGCCGAGACUCAAGUGGAGAGUGUCACCCCCACCAGGCCAGGAUUCUCUCUGCUGGAGCCCAAAUUCCAUACCUCAGUGUCUCCUACCUUCCAUGAAGUCAGCCAUGACCUCAAGCCCAGCUUUGGGCAAGGCCGAGAGAAAUCUGACAAGGCGAAAGAGGAAAAUGUUUUCAUGUCUCCCCACGGACAUUCUAAACUGAACCUUCUGGAGGGAGUCAUUGCCUUGGAUCAUUCGGUCUUCAAUCACCUGCAUGAAGAUUGCCUCAAUGUGUCUCAGCUGCUUGUCAAUUUUGGCAUGAAUACCGUCUCCAAAAUUACCCCAGAGCAGUUCACCCUGCUGUGCCCAGCCCUGCUCUACCAGAUCGAUAGCCGUGUUUGCAUCCAGCACUUGGACGAUGUGACUUUCGACACGGCCGGGAAUUCCCUCUGGAUUGGCCUGGGCUGGGGAUUUUUGGCUAUCACCCUGACCAGCUUGCCCUCAGCACUGGCCAUCAUCUUGGUGCCCCUACUCAGUCGAGAAAUCUUCCAGUUCCUCCUGACUUUUCUGGUGGCGUUGGCUGUGGGGACAUUGUGUGGGGACGCUUUGCUGCACCUUUGGCCACAUGCACAAGUGGGCUCCCAUGGCUUGCUGUCCUCCGAAGAAGAUGGCAUUCUGAAGGGUCUAUGUGUCCUAGGAGGCAUUUACUUUCUCUUCCUCACUGAGAAUCUCAUGGGAACCCUCAACCAAAUUCGUGCAAAGAGGAAACGUAUGGCUGGAAAGCAACUGAAGCAAUCGUCUACUAAGGUGGAUGAGAAUGACGCAGAGAGGACAUUGCAUAGUGCUGAAUUGCAGAAUUUGAGAGUGCCAGAAGAGGACGCUGGAAAUGUAUAUGGCGAAGUCCAGGACUGCUCCAUUCAAAUUCAGAACUCAGAAGAUCACAGGGCAAGCCUGGAAAAGCAAACAGAAGAGAUACAUCACCAUGGUCACUCCCACAGCCCAGCUGGGACUCUCAAGGCUGGGAUAGCUGACAUCGCUUGGAUGGUUAUCCUUGGGGAUGGGGUACACAAUUUCACAGAUGGAUUGGCAAUAGGGGCUGCCUUCUCAAAUGGACUCUCCAGUGGCUUAAGCACUACGUUGGCAGUCCUCUGCCAUGAACUACCCCAUGAACUGGGAGACUGUGCUGUCCUAAUCCGGGCGGGCAUGCCACUCCGAUGGGUGCUGUUGUUUAACCUGCUGUCUGCUUUCCUGGCUUAUUGGGGCAUGGUGUUAGGGACAGUUGUCAGUCAGAACACUUCCCAAGUCACUCCCUGGAUCUUUGCCACCACAGCUGGUGUUUUUCUUUACGUAGCUCUGGUUGAUAUGCUACCCGAAAUGUUGCAGCGGCAUUCUACCAGCAGCAAAAAAAGAUCCUUCAGACACUUUGUUCUUCAGAACUUGGGCUUUCUCAGUGGUGGCGGCCUUAUGCUCUGCAUUGCUCUCUUUGAAGAAGAUAUCAGUGUCCGCAUGAAUGAGUAGGACAUUUCCAAAGGAAUUCCAAGCUGCAAGGCGAAAUGCACUCCUGGCUCUGUUGUCAGUUAUGACUGUCUUCUUCCUAUAGCUGAAAAGGCAGCUGCAAAAUCCUUUACUGUAAUUGGGUAAUCCAAGGAAGUUGAAGAGAACAAAAGAAAGUUUGGAAGAGUGACAAACUCUUUUGCCAACUGCCCCGAACCUGUGUUAAUGGGUACGGUGGCAGUAAAACUUUGUGCCAUGAAAAUGUAUGUCUGAUUCAGCCUGCUUGACACUAUAAAAUAAAGCAGGUUGCUACUAAAAUUGGCAUGUUGAAAACCCAUUAUACUUUGUUAAAUGGAAGAGCGGGCAAGUUGUCUUAGGAGAGAGUGGACCUAAUUUAAAUGUCUUGUUUUAACGUAACGUGAAAUUAUUUAAGAAAGUGUACCUAUUCUAGGUAACCGGUUGGUUCUAUUAUGGUACCAGGUACUUAUGGUUCCUACUGCAUUUUGGUUAAAUAAUGGUUUCAAAAGCAGCAGUUAUUCCAGGUUAGAAAUUUGGGUCUUUAAAGACAAACACCCAGUUAAACCUGAGGCAGUAUCCAAGAGGAGCUUGAGACUUGGUUUUCUGUGAUGGGAAGAGAAGACUCCUGUAGGUGUGCGCAUGGGAUAAAUAUACAACAGAAAAGCUAGAUAAGGGCUACCUUUUUCCAGGUACAAGAGGACGUUCAGACACCAACCCUGCAUUAAUGUCUCCUCUGAAGGAAUCUAAGAAAGUCCCAGCAAAACAAGCAAUAAAAGCACUUGCUAAAAGGGCAGGUGAAACUUGUCUUUAAAUUUUAUUUUUUCAGCAGCAUUCAUUGACACUACCGAUAAGAAUAUCUGAAAAAUGUUUCUGCUGGGGACACUUCACAAUAUGCUGUGCAAGGUUGCUGGAGGCAAGGGGGCAGAAUUUCAAUCUCUUAAAUCAGGAAACUUCCAGUCUCCAGCACAAAUUGUAAAGAACAAGAUUUCGAAGAUGUCAAGGAAGGGGCCAGCAGUGUCAGAAUAAACAACUAAAAAAGGCAGGAAGGUAAUACAUGGGAAAAAUCAGUUGAGGUACAAGUGGCCUAUUUUAGAGAGGGGGAACUUUUCUGAUAGCCACAGCCAGCACAUUCUUAAUGGCCUUCGGUUUGGGAGGACAUCAUAUUCUAAAGCAGAGGUGGGGAACGCUGGGCCUUAUAUGAUUUUUGGAUUUCAACUCCCAGAAUUCUGGGAGUUGCCUGGUUGGCUCAGGAAUUCUGGGAGUUGAAGUCCACAAGUCAUAAAAGGGCCAACGUUCUCCACCCUUGUAAAUCUAAAGAGAAAGGCUCUGGAGUUAUACCCAGGAUACUGAAACAGGCAAUCCCUCGGUAUUUGUGCAGGAUUAGUUUCUGUGCUGGUUGUCUUUCUUUCUGGGAAUUCAUAACUGGUGUGGAAAUAAGCAAUUGUUAAAAACACACACACCCCUGCUUAUUUUCUGGUGACUUUUGGGUGUGUGUGGUGAUGGUGGUGAUGAAACUGAGCUGCCAUCAACUUCAGCUUUACUGACCAGUCAUUUGAAUUCCAAGUAGGUUGUGUCUAGCAGGGCAUGCAGUAGCCACAUUAGUCAUAUAAUUUUCUCAUGUGUUUGUUCUAUCGCUGUUUUAAGUUAGAGUAGUUUGCUGGUAUAUUACAUUCUGAGAUAUGGUUAUCACUUGAGUUGAAUUCAUUUCUCAAGUAGCAAAAAUACUCCAAUCCCCCCUCCUUUCACCCUAUUCAAGGUAUCUCUUAGCCCAAAGGUAAGUUACCUUUUAACUUAGAAGUAAACCACACACUGUACCUCUAUAGAAAUAUCUUUAAUCCAUGCAGUUAAAACUGAGCUCCUGCAUAGGAUGGAUUUUUAAAAAAAUAUUUCUGCACCUCAAGGUGAUUAAAUAGAAUUGCCCUGUCUGGCUACAAGCCAACUGGUAUAAAAGGAUAUUGAUGUGGAAGGGGGGGUGGGGGAAGUGUUUUACAGAUUGUAAAAUUAUCUGUGGUUUGAAAAUGUUAUUUUUGACUCGGAUUAUAAAAUUACAGUCGUGUCAUCAAGAAUUCUCGCCUGUUAUCUCUUGUAUUUUUACCUACAUUGUUGUAUCUGGAGACAAGAAAAAAGCAAGGCAAAUAGAAGCAACA